UUUUUCAUCUCUCACUCUCGCCUUCCCAUGGAAAUAUACACAAAACUUUGUUUGAAUGGAGAAAUUUUUCCAUCAUGGAAAACAAAUCCCCACAAAAAAGCAAUGAAAGCGUGCUCAGCAGGGUCCUGCCAGCCUUCCUCCCUCCAAUGGCCGAAAGCCAAGAAAAGGGAACCCUAGAGAAAGCAUGACUCAUCACCCUUUGCUUUUACCUUUUCCUUUUUUUGCACAUUAGGAUUCCCUCUUUCUUCUCUCUUCUCUCUUUUCUCCCUCCUUUGCUCUGUUUCACUUCCCAAUUCUUUCAGCGUUGGCCUUUGAUCUUACUUCCAUAUCAGCAAAGGAGAAUCCAGCAAACAAAGACGACAUGGCAAUUGAAAUGAAGAAAGUUCUAUUAUUUACUAGAAAAGGCUUGAUGAUGUCUAUAAGAACCAGUUAUAAAUUCGCCAAGGAUUAUCCUUUUGUUUCAGGCUUGGUGUUUUUCAUGCUUUCACUGUAUAGAUGUUUUCCUUCUUUGUUUGCCUUUCUUGUAUCUUCAUCUCCUGUCAUCUUCUGCACUGCUGUUCUGCUUGGGCUGCUUUUGAGUUAUGGUGAACCAAACAUACCUGAGGUUGAAGAAGAAGACGGUGAAAAGACUCAAGAGGUUUGUUCACUGAAAGCAACUAGUGCUGGCGAUAACCUUGUUGUCAAGAAUGAUGAGAUCUUUGAAGUAGAGACUCAUGUGGAGCACAGGAGAGAGAUUGAUGAAGUUCCCACUGAAGCAACACCGUUGAUCGGAGGAGAUGUUAAUGCAAGCAGUAAUAUAGAAAACUAUGCAUAUUCUCCAAUAAGUCACGAUGAGAGAAAAAGAAAUGAUGGUCCUUUUACUGCUUCAAUCCCUGUGUUCAAGGAAGGCGAGAAAGAAAUACACAGUGAAGAGAAAGUUGACGAGGGUGAACUUCUUCAUCAAGGGCAAGUUGUCAAUGGAGAAUUUUCUGUUGCUAAUUGUGAUCAAAUUAUUUCUGAAGGCACUGCAGAUGUUAGUCAUGCUCUUAACAACGUUCAGAGGGAAUUUGAGGCUCCUGGCAUGGAGAUGGCUGAUUCUGCCCUUGCAGAUCAUUUUACUUCUUCACUCGGCUCACAAUGGCAGCACAUUGAAAGGCAUGAUACUUCUUUGGAUUCUGAAUCAGAUGGUGCAGAGAGUUCAUCUCCUGAUGCCUCCAUGGCUGACAUCCUGCCUAUGCUUGAUGAGCUUCACCCACUAUUAUACUCUGAACAUCCUCAGCAUGCUCAUAAGGAUAAUGAUAAUUCAGAUGCUGCUUCCAGGUCAUCCUCUGAGGACAAUGAAUCAGUUGACAGUCAAGCUGAGGAAGAGGCUGCUGAAAAUCAUGGGCUAGCAGAAGAUGAAGAAGGGCAGGAGGAGAUAGAUGAUGGAACGGAAGUUGCCGUAAAAUGGACAGCAGAUGAUCAAAAGAGCAUCAUGGAUUUAGGCAUUUUAGAACUUGAAAGGAAUCAAAGGUUGGAGAAUUUGAUCGCAAAGAGGAGAGCAAGGAAGAGACUUGAAGCUGAAAGAAACAUUGACCCAUUUAUGCUGCAAUUUCGUGGCCUUCAUAUUGAAACUCGGCCUGCUUCAGGUACAAGAAGAAACCCUUUUGAUCUCCCUGAUGAUUCAGAAGAAAGCAUGGGUUUACCUCCGAUUCCUGGUUCUGCUCCUUCUGUUCUCCUGCCCAGAUGGAAUCCUUUUGAUUUUGCUGAUGAUCCAAUUGGUCAAACUGGUGGCUUAACUGGUGAGAAGAUGAGCCAACACAAGGAAUUUGAGUCUCAAAGAGGGCUGUUCUUCCAAAAACAUAAUAGCUUUUCUAUGGAACCAUCAUUUUCUGGUGGCAUCACACAGGAGAGACGUUCCUCUCGGUUUAGGCCAGCUGAAAGUAUGGAUUCAGAUAGCAGUGAUUAUGCCACAUUCCCUGAACAGAUAAGUGCAGAUAAUGACUCUGCCAAGGAGAGUGAAUGGUCAGAUCCUAUUAAUCGUAAGACUGAAACUGCUGAUCUAGAAAGUCAGCCUUCUGAGAAACUUGGUCUUGUUGAUGUUAAGCAACCUGGUACAAUCCACAUAGUUGAAGAUAAUGGAGUUGCCUAUAGCACUGCCAGUGCUACUGAAGGAACUCAUCCGGUUGUUGAUGAUUUUGGAACUGUCCAAGAGGAAAUUAAACAUGAUGAGGAGCUCUCAUUACCUGUUGCAGAAGUUAACCGCUCAGAUGAGAUCAAAGAGAAGUUUAAUGAUUCAAGCUCUUCAUCAUCAUCAUCAUCAUCAUCAGAAGUUGCUGAUAAGGAUUUGGAGAUGAGCAUUGGGGAAGUGUCAGCCACAGCUGAGCAAGGAAGGAUGGAUUCCUCCAAUAUUUCAAGGGACUCUACACAGUCAGAUAUCUUGGACUACGACAAUGUGAGCAAGAAAGCUGAUUGUAUUUCUGAUUCUAUUCCAUUGGCAACUGAAGAACUCUCCUUAUAAUGUUUUGGCUUUUGAUGGUGAAUUAUUGUUAGGAGGCAAAGAAGGCUCGUAUUCCAGCUCUUUGGCGUCUGAUUUGCAGGUGGAGGUAUCAGAAAUUGGCUCACCGCCAAGGCCUAAUGAAAUGAAUGUUACAACUGGAGACAGAGCUUUUGUUUUUAACGAUAGGAGCAUGGGUGA